AUGUGCAUAAUCACGGACCACGUCGAGAGGAAAGUAUCCGAAAACGUCCGUGAUCUCCUAGGUGGAAAGUUCGGCUCAUCCAAAGUCAUGCUGCUACCAUUAUUCGACCUGUUGCCUGUUCUCAGCGGAUUAGCUUCCGCGACCCUUGGUCGACUAUCUUGCCUGGAUGGUAUCGCGACCCUCAACAUGGACGAGUCGGUCAAGGAAGGGGCGUCGUUUCCACCUUUUGUCGAGAUGCUUUUCGAUGUCUUGUGGGAUGGAGCCGCUGCAGAAUCACGCUCGAAGGCAUCGAUCUGGUCAACGCUCCUUGCUGAGAUUGGCCUGGGUCUGAAGCACUUUAUCAAGCAUUCUGGCUCGAUGUGGACGGACAAGGCCUGCAAGUUUGCUGAAACUCAGAUGUUCGGCGCUGCUGCAGACAACCAUCAUAGCGGUGAUCAGGAGAAUUACAACCUCCGAAUGUCACUCACGGGGGAUAAGGUGACGCUCGAGUCGGGUGUCCUCGACGAAGAAUACGUGAGUAAGCACAAGGCCAUGAUGGAUGCGAAGGACGCGGCGGACGCGGCCGUCAAGGCAUCCAAGACUUACAGGUCACACGAGGGAGAUGCAGAGCCACCGGCAAUAACGGAGUGGAAACGCCUCCGUGCUCAGAGGGCAGCUGAGAAUAAAGCCAAAGCGGCGGCGAACGCCAACGACGAACCCUCAUCUACCAAGGCCCCUCUCGCCAACAACAUUCCAAUGAAAGACGGCGAGUCUCAACAUGAGGAACUGCCGAAGAGUUCCGACUCGGACUCAGGAUUUUGCACUUGCUGGUAG